AUGUCGUUUAAAACUUCUAAGCUGUUGUCACUUUACACCGUCAAAUUAUUUCUAGUAUUAAUUUACUACUGUGUCGCGGAGGAAACUUGUGAGACUGUUCCAACAGAAAUACAUGUAACAAAAGAGGAAUAUGACGACAUGGGUGCACUAAUAAGAUCUUGUAGCGGUGAAGUUGGUGUUAACAAAUGUGAAGGAAUUUGUAGCAGCCAAGUACGACCAUCAAUUUCAGCUCCUACAGGAUUUUCAAAGGAAUGCUUUUGCUGCCGAGAAAAUUUUUUGCGUGAGCGAUUGGUUACACUUACGCACUGUUACGAUCCUGAUGGUAUAAGGCUUGAAGAUGAAGACAGCGCUAUCAUGGAAGUUCGCCUUCGUGAACCAGAUGACUGCAAGUGUUACAAAUGUGGAGAUUUUAGCCGUUAA